ACCCGAAUGCUUCACCCCAAACCCGGAGCCUCGCCCUAAACUCGUCGUUUUCGUCUGUCUAUCCAUCCUCGCUCGCUUGCUCCCUCGUUGCAGCGUUGCAGCCGCUAUGGCACUGCCGAUGCCAAUACCAGGCGCCGUUGUCCUCCACCGCCCAUGGCGCCUGCGCACCCCCACGCGUCCCUACAAGCUUUCUCACUCACACCUUGGCGUCGCAACAGUGCGGGCUUCCUCUUUGCAUUCUCCUGCUUCCAAUUCCUACGCUUCUCCGUUUUGCCCCGAGGUUGCAGAGGCUGCUAGAGUUUUGCUGCCCGAGUUUAUGGAGAUUGAUGGCUUGGUGGCAACGAAUAUCAAUCGCGUCUUGAAUGCUUUCUCAAAUGCUCGAGUUGGAUCCCAUCAUUUUUCAGGCACAACCGGUUAUGGUCACAAUGAUGCGGGUGGGCGGGAAGCUCUUGAUCUUGCAUUCGCAGAUAUUGUUGGCUCCGAGGCAGCUAUAGUACGCUCUCAGCUUUUUUCAGGAACACACUCCAUUGCAUGUGCACUAUACGCAGCUCUUCGACCUGGUGGUGAGCUGCUGGCCGUGGCAGGUGCACCUUACGACACCCUAGAAGAAGUAAUUGGGCUCCGUGGCUCACCGAGGCAUGGAUCUUUGAAGGAAUUCGGCGUAUCGUAUCGAGAACUUCCACUACAUGUUGAUGGCGGGCUUGAUUGGAAUGCACUUGAGACUGCUAUCAAACCAGAAACACAAUGUGCACUUAUUCAACGCUCCUGUGGAUAUUCUUGGCGGAAGACUCUAACCGUGGCAGAAAUUGAACGUGCCAUCAUCUUAAUUAAGGCCCAAAAUCCCGACUGUGUGGUGUUGGUGGAUAACUGUUACGGAGAGUUCGUAGAGACUGUUGAACCCACGGCAGUGGGCGCAGAUCUGAUGGCUGGAAGUUUAAUCAAGAAUCCGGGGGGGACAAUAGCUCCGUGUGGAGGGUACAUAGCUGGGAAGCGCGAGUGGGUAGAAGCUGCUGCAGCUAGACUGAGUGCACCUGGCAUUGGCAUGGAAUCAGGUUCAACCUCUGGUGACGUAAUGCGCCUGCUAUUUCAAGGCUUGUUUUUAGCACCGCAAAUGGUUGGUGAAUCCAUCAAGGGUGGGCUGUUGGUUGCGGAAGUAAUGGCAGCUGAGGGUUACCAAGUAUCACCUCCUCCGCGGGUUCGUCGUCAUGAUAUAAUCCAGGCUGUGCAACUUGGAAGUCGAAAACGUCUGUUAGCAUUUUGUGAAGCUAUCCAAAAGCGUUGUCCUGUUGGUGCCUACAUUCGCCCUGUUGCUGGUGCUACUGCUGGCUACGGUGACGAGGUGGUCUUUGCUGAUGGGACAUUUGUAGAUGGAAGUACUAGCGAGCUUUCAUGUGAUGGUCCCUUGCGAGAACCGUUCAUUGUCUUUUGCCAGGGUGGCACACACUGGACACACUGGGCGAUUGCUCUAGAAGCUGUACUAGAAUCUUUCAAAGAACUCUAAGCUUCAGAGGCAAGUUCUAUGGUAAAUUUUAUUUGUUGCAUUGGCUUGCUAUUGUAAGCAAUUGUAGUCAUUCUCGUUAUGGGAAUACCCCUUGAUUACUAGCUUUCACCACAUUUUUUUUUGGUUCAAUGUCAAUCGUGCUCUUUUAUAAUACAAGUUAAAUUUUUUCUUAAAAGUAAACUAUAUUUA